AUGUCCCUCAACACCCUUCCCCCCGAGAUCCUCUACAAGAUCGUUGCGAACGUCGUCGUCGAUUACUUUGACUGCGCAAUCGCCUCUCCGCCCCGCCCUACCUGGCUGCGCCUUGAUCGAGGUCCUCUUAUUAUACCACUCGGCUCUGACCAGACAGAGUGGUCAGGCAUUACGCCGCAGCAGUUUAAUCGCGUCUUGAAGACAGUCCUUGCUCACUUCGGAGGGGACAUGUCCCUCGCCGACACCCCUCUCCUUCCACUGGAGGCUACCGCGUUUCUUGACGAAGAUUAUGAAGAACCCGGAGAAGAUGAAACUGAUGAGGACGAUUCGGAUCAUGAAGAUAGUGACAACUGGGGGCUCGAAGAGGAUGUCAUCCAUGUUGACGGCGACGGCGACAUGAUCUACGUCAUCGAGAACGGCGCCUCCCAGUCGCGUUGGGCCGCUGACGAAGACGACGAUUCUCCCUUACUGACAGCUGAAGAGUUGAGCGACGGCUCCGACGAUGAGGGCGAAUUCACCGACGAUGAAGAUCGCAAUUCCGAGGUAGAUAGCGAAGAGAGCUAUAAGCGCAUGCUUUGGGAAUGGAACCUCAACGAAAAGAACCAGCCUCUCCCAAAUAACCAGGUCACGCCACUGCUUGCUGUCAACCGCUACAUGCGCCAGACAACUUUCAAAGUCUUGAGCGACACCCUCAACAUCAAGAAGAGCGGCAACUCCAGCAUAAACUUUCACAAGAAAAUGAUGGGAAUUCUGAGAGACGUCCGCCGACUAUACCGUCUUGCACAUGCUCGGCCCCUCAGGUGCGGGAAGCUCCUGGCCAAAUACCAAGGCCCCGGGACUCCCUUUAUCGCUGCCUAUGUUUCUCUCGCCCAAGUAGCCUACUCUCUGUGCGCCGUACACAGGCUCCUUGACCCCAAGGAUGACGCGGAUCGAGUCAGUGAUGAAGCUCUCAAAUUCUUGAAGGAUACUCUGCGAGACAUUCAAUGUGUGCACCUCACUAUUCCUCAGGCGGCUUUGCGAACUCGGAUCGCACAACGCGCCCAUAUAUUCAGAGUACGCUAUGGCAUUUGGUCAGGCCUGGUAACAUCACACGCCGCAAUUGUAACCGCCAGGGAUGAGGCAGUUAGCGUUGAACUUUCUGCAGCACCAAGUGCGAGGCAGUGGCUCAUCCUGAAAAAACUCCUGAAUCGCUCAGAUGCAUCCGAAAGUUGGCAGCGAAAGAGGAAAAGUGGAAGGCAAAGAAGUUUCUUGACAUGUUUCCUCGGACGUUGA